CUACUCUGUUCCGCCUCUCUCUCAACCCUAGUUCUCCUAGCGUUUUAAUUCACCAUCCUUUUUCUCUCCACGCGAACCUCUCUCGCCGAUUAGAUCUGCCAAUAGAAUGGCAGGAAAAGGAGAAGGUCCAGCGAUCGGAAUCGAUCUUGGAACGACGUACUCGUGCGUCGGCGUUUGGCAGCACGACCGCGUUGAGAUCAUUGCCAAUGACCAGGGUAACAGGACUACGCCCUCUUAUGUUGGUUUUACCGACACUGAGCGGCUUAUUGGCGAUGCUGCCAAGAAUCAGGUGGCCAUGAACCCGACCAACACUGUUUUUGAUGCUAAGAGGUUGAUUGGAAGGAGAUUUACUGACGCCUCCGUCCAAAGUGAUAUCAAGUUGUGGCCCUUCAAAGUUAUUCCUGGACCUGGUGACAAGCCCAUGAUUGUUGUCAACUAUAAGGGUGAAGAGAAGCAAUUCGCAGCUGAGGAGAUAUCAUCUAUGGUUUUGAUGAAGAUGAGGGAAAUUGCUGAGGCAUACCUUGGUGCAACCGUGAAGAAUGCUGUGGUUACUGUCCCAGCAUACUUCAAUGAUUCCCAGCGUCAAGCUACCAAGGAUGCUGGUGUGAUUGCUGGUCUCAAUGUGAUGCGUAUAAUCAAUGAGCCCACAGCUGCAGCCAUUGCUUAUGGUCUGGACAAGAAGGCAACCAGUGUUGGUGAGAAGAAUGUGUUAAUUUUUGAUCUUGGUGGUGGUACCUUUGAUGUCUCUCUUCUUACCAUUGAGGAAGGUAUUUUUGAGGUCAAGGCAACUGCUGGUGAUACUCACCUUGGGGGCGAAGAUUUUGACAACAGAAUGGUCAAUCACUUUGUUCAGGAGUUUAAGAGGAAGCACAAAAAAGACAUCAGUGGUAACCCCAGGGCCCUGAGAAGGUUGAGGACGGCUUGUGAGCGGGCGAAAAGAACCCUUUCGUCCACUGCCCAAACCACCAUUGAAAUUGACUCUCUCUAUGAGGGUAUUGAUUUCUAUUCCACCAUUACUCGUGCCAGGUUUGAGGAGCUCAACAUGGACUUGUUCCGGAAGUGUAUGGAACCCGUUGAGAAGUGUCUUAGGGAUGCCAAGAUGGAUAAGAGUACUGUCCAUGAUGUUGUCCUAGUUGGUGGUUCCACUAGGAUUCCCAAGGUUCAGCAAUUGUUGCAGGAUUUCUUCAAUGGGAAAGAGCUGUGCAAGAGUAUUAACCCUGAUGAGGCUGUUGCAUAUGGUGCUGCUGUCCAAGCUGCCAUUUUGAGUGGUGAGGGCAACGAGAAGGUCCAGGACCUUUUGCUUCUUGAUGUUACUCCCCUCUCUCUUGGUUUGGAGACUGCCGGUGGUGUCAUGACUGUGUUGAUUCCCAGGAAUACUACAAUUCCUACCAAGAAGGAGCAGGUCUUCUCGACCUACUCGGACAACCAGCCUGGUGUGUUGAUUCAGGUCUAUGAAGGUGAGAGAACAAGGACGAGGGACAACAACUUGCUUGGAAAAUUUGAGCUUUCUGGCAUUCCUCCUGCUCCUAGAGGAGUUCCUCAGAUUACUGUGUGCUUUGACAUUGACGCCAAUGGUAUCUUGAAUGUGUCUGCUGAGGACAAGACUACUGGCCAGAAGAACAAGAUUACAAUUACCAAUGACAAGGGCAGACUUUCCAAGGAAGAAAUUGAGAAGAUGGUUCAGGAAGCAGAGAAAUACAAAUCUGAGGAUGAAGAACACAAGAAAAAGGUUGAAGCGAAGAAUGCAUUGGAGAACUAUGCCUACAACAUGAGGAACACCAUCAAGGAUGAAAAGAUUGCCUCCAAGCUCCCUGCGGCUGAUAAGAAGAAGAUUGAGGAUGCAAUUGAGUCGAGCAUCCAAUGGUUGGAUGGAAACCAGCUUGCAGAGGCAGAUGAGUUUGAGGACAAAAUGAAGGAGUUGGAGAGCAUCUGCAACCCUAUCAUUGCAAAGAUGUACCAAGGUGCAGGUGGAGAAGCACCCAUGGAUGAUGAUGGUCCUGCUCCUGGUGCUAGCGGUCCUGGUCCCAAGAUUGAGGAGGUCGACUAAACAUUUUGGUGUUUCUUGUGUGGGGGUUUAUCCUUUUAAGUACUGUGAUUUUUAAUGUUGCUGGAAGAUUUUUGGUUUUUGGAAUUACACUUUCAGAGAGUAUUCAGUUGUACUCUUCUGCAAAGAGCCCUACUUUUAUUAUGCAUUUGAUUCGAAUCGAGUAAUAUUUCCUCAAUGGUGGAUUUGCUAAA